AUCCCAGUGUGCCUUGCAUUUUGGACUCUCCAGCUAUGUCGUCCGAGAAUGGCUUUGCCCUCAUCGGGAAAAGCUCAGUGACACUUUCCAAAGGUCCAGGUGCCACAGACGACGAGCAUUUGAAUCAUUUAAAGGAUGUCAAAAAACAGUUGUUCGCAGCCUGCCGGAAACAUCAUCCGGAUAAACAAGAACCAGGAAAACUUGCGGAACCCACCAGGCAGCAAGACUUGAAUGCGGCACUUGCAAAAACCAAUAGCAGAAUCCAAUCAACCGCAGAAAGAAUUGAAGAAGAGCAGCAAAGGGCCAGGCACGCGCAAAGUACCUAUGACCAGCUGCUGAAAUAUUUACAAGUGCUGAGGCAGAAGCAAGAGCAAGAGGAACGUCAAAAGAAGGAACAGGUGCAGGAAAAGCAGCGUCAACAAAAGGAAAGGGCGGAGGAGGAGCAGCGUCAAAAAAGGGAAAGGGUGGAGGAAGAGCAGCGUCAAGAAAGGGAAAGGGUGGAGAAAGAGCAGCGUCAAGCGCAAGAAAGAGAGAAGGCCGAAGAGGAAGCAAAGCGUUCUAGGGAGGAAAAGAAUCGCCGGAAGCAAGACAGAAAGAAGUGCAGAAAGGCAGAGCAGGCAAGGGAGAGGGCGGCGGAAAAGCAGCGCCAAGAAGAAAAAGAAAAGAGCGAAGCAGAGGCAGCACAAAGAGAGGAGGAGAUGCUGGAGGCAGAGGGGCCCGAAAAGGAGCAGAGCGAACAGGAGGAUACGGUGGCAAAGACGAGGUGCAGAGAAACAGAAGAGGAGACACUUGGAAAAGAGGCUUCAGAAGAGGAGAAGGGGUCCCAGAAGGAAGAAAAGAGAAGCCCGAGCCAGAAAGAAGUGAACAGGCAGAAGACGCAGCAGGAGCAGCAAGCGAGCGCCAAGAGGAAGGCUUUGCGGGCCGAGAAGGCCAAGCUGGAGGAAGAGCAAAAGAAACAAACUGCCGAGUUGCGACGCAAAGAAGCUCUUCAAGCAGAGGCCAGGCUGAAAGUUGAAAUGCAGCAGCAACAAGUUCAGCAGCAGGAGAAAGCUUGGGAGCAGAGUGUGACAAACACUUUGCAGAACUGCCUUCUCAGAUGGGCCUUUGAUCUAGAGCAGCGUGGAAGUCAGCAAAUUGCAGAGUUUCUCCAGGCGAGGUGCCAACAGGUGACGGCCUGUGAGGAUGUAGCUCGACAGGUCUAUGCGCAAGAAGGCUUCGGUUGGUGGCUUUUGGCCAUUCAUCGUGUGGGAGCAGGCGAGCACGUCGCUUCCUGUUUGACAGAGCAGCGCGCAAGGCUCAAGCAGAUCAUCAAAAUUUUUUUCCCUCAUGCCACAGGGAAAACGCCUCCAGGUGAAUGGCUCUUCUCUUCUGUCUAUGAUGCAGCCCAUGCAGAGGCCGCAACAAGACUGCAGAGUUCACUAGGAGGACGGUGAACUGCGGAAGCUUGAGUCUCGAUUCCUUCCCAAGAUCCAUGGCCUCUAUUAGGGCCAGCAAGCACGUGGUGGUCAUGGAAAGGUGGCAAUGGCGCACUUUUUUUAGGUGUGAAACACUGGCCCCCAAAAUCUGGUUAAAAAACAAUUGGUCCCACAACUUGGUUUCAAGAAAAUUUGGCACCACGUGUUGAGUUCAAGAGGCUGGGUCAUAGUACAGACAGGUAGCAGCUGACAGGUAGCUUGAGUCAAGAAUGCCUGUAGCUGAGUCGCUUGUUGCAAAAGGAGUUGUUGACUUAGCGUUUCUUGGUGUGACUAAUUCGAUGCAUAAGCUCCUGAAGUGAUGGAAGCCACAGAAAGUUGACUCUUGACACUGUUUUCCAGCAAAAAAGUGGCUUGCACUGUUUUGUAGAUGGAGCGCAUGACUUCACGACAUUUCACGGCUACACGUGCAUGUCAGAAAUUCCAGACCAGAGUAGGCAGGACGUCGCUGAGAUGGUGCAGUGUACAGAUUGAGAAACUCCCACCUCACUCGUCCUGAACCGAAUGCGGGUCAAAA